AUGGAUGUGGCUGUGGGACACCACGUCCUUUUUGGAGGCCUGCGCCUGCGUUUGGGGGAGAACGACCUGCAGCAGCGCGAGGGGACGGAGCAGGACCGGCUGGUGGUCAAGGUCAUCCCCCACCCUGCCUUCGACCCCACCACGCUCGACAAUGACCUCAUGCUCCUCAAGCUGAACCGCCCCGUGGGAUUGGGCCGUGCUGUCAGGCCCCUCCCACUGCCCCGCGCCUGCGCCGCCCCCGGCACCACCUGCCUCGUCUCAGGAUGGGGAACUGUCACCACCCCUCAAGUGACCCUGCCCCGGCACCUGAUCUGCGCCUACGUCGACAUCAUCCCCGACGCCACCUGCCGUCGCGCCUACCCCCAACGCGUCACCCCCAACAUGCUCUGCGCCGGGGUGCGCAACCAACGCAUCGACUCCUGUCAGGUACGGCGGCAGGGUGGGGGGCACCCACUGGGUGGGGGGUGGCCACCCCAAAUCUCCACCCAUCCCAGCACCCCACCCCGUCGUUGUCCCACCAAGGAUCUUCUGCCUCAACGGGUUCCUCCUCCCGCCCCCAACUUGGGAGUCUCAUCCCGAGGUGUUCCCCCAAUUUUGACCUCACACUCUGGGGUGUCCCCCAAGCCCCACCCACACGCCACCCAACGUUGUCCCCUCUCCCCGUAGGGUGACUCCGGUGGGCCACUGUCUUGUAACGGGACCCUCCAAGGAAUCGUCUCGUGGGGGCUGCAGACCUGCGCCCUGCCCGGGCGUCCGGGGGUCUACACCAAGGUCUGCAACUACGUGGGGUGGAUCC